CCAAUGACGUGGCAGUUGAAAUAAACCCGGAAGCGAGCGUGUCGCGAUUUCUGAAUAGUUGUCCUCCUGCACCAAGAUGGAGGGCAGCGAAAACGUGAUUGCAACGGAGAAGUAUGGCUCACAGGCAGCGUGGCGCUACCGGGUGAGGGAUGGAGAGAUACGCAGAGAGAGAGCGAGCGUGAACGGCGCCACGCCGGGGAACGCCAUCGCCCGCACGCUCAAGAGCGUGUUCCUACCGCAGGGGUAUCCCGAGAGCGUGAGCGAGGACUACCUGCGCUAUCAGAUAUGGGAUACGAUGCAGGCAUUCUCCAGCUCCCUCUCUGGGACUCUGGCUACUCAGGCCUCGCUGAGGGGUGUUGGGGUGGGAAGUCAAGAAGCAACAGUUGCCGCAGCUACAGUUACUUGGUUACUCAAAGAUGGAACAGGCAUGUUGGGUAGAAUAAUGUUUGCCUGGCUCAAAGGGAGCAAACUGGAUUCGGAAGCUAAAAAGUGGAGGCUUUUCGCCGAUGUUCUCAAUGACAUGGCAAUGUUUGUAGAGAUCGCUGCGCCCUACUUCCCGCCAGUCUUCACUCUUAUUCUGUGCAUUGCUGGAGUAUUCAAGUCUAUUGUAGGGGUGGCUGGAGGCGCCACAAGGGCGGCACUAACGGUUCACCAGGCUCGCAGAAACAACAUGGCUGAUAUCUCUGCCAAAGAUGGGAGUCAGGAAACCCUGGUCAAUCUGGCAGGACUGCUGGUGAGCCUGGUGCUAAUCCCGCUAGUCACCGAUAACCCCACGCUGACCUUCAUCCUGUUCUUCCUCUUCACCAUCCUUCACCUGUUCACCAACUACAAGGCAGUUAGGUCUGUUGUCAUGGAGACACUAAAUGAAGCUCGUCUGUCAAUCGUCCUUCAUCGGUAUUUGCUUGAUGGGCGGAUUCUGAGUCCAGCAGACGCCAAUCAGAAAGAGCCUGUGUUUCUUGAAUUUAAAAGGAAAGUGCCCAUCAAACUAGGAGUAAGGCUGGGAGAGGUUAUCAAAGAUUUUCAGGAACUGCAGCUGGUUUUGAGGAACACCACCAAAGCAUACCUCAUUGGAAUACAAAAUGGGAGGGUGUGCGUGUGUCUAGGAACCGACGCAUCUGUUCAUGAGGAGAUCAUGGCAGCUUGUCAGGCUUUGUGUCUCAACACUGUGCUACACCUGUCACCACAAAGUGGUGCACUUGCUCAGCUCUCCAAGACCAAGGACCCUUGGGAAUUAGUAUCAGAGAGCCAAAAGCUAAUUGACCAAAUGUUCCAGCCCUUCAUUACAGGUCUGGAACGUGCUGGCUGGCAAACAGACAGGACGCUGCUGGACUGGAAUGAAUGGAGGGUGGACUGGAGGAAGAAGAUCAGUUGAUUGGGGGGGAAAAAGUGGAGAGCGGGAGAACGAUACAAGGAGAGAUGGACAGACUGUAGCUUCUUAAGAUUCUUAAGAUUUUUUUUGUUGGGUUUUUUUUGUUUUUGGAGGGUUGUGUUUUUAUUAAAUACGACAAAACACU